GAUAUUUCGAUGGACCUGAGAAUGGGAUGAUUGCGAAUUUCAACAGUUUGAUGCCGCAAUAUUGAAAUUUCUGCUGGGAAGUCGGGAUGAAAAGAGACCAAAUUGAAAAGCAAGAAGAAUGGAGAACUGUAAUUAUUUGCACGGAAGUUUAGACAAUCUCAAGCUUAUUUCGGACGACGUUUGGAAUGCUUUUGACUACGAUAGCGAAUUUAAAGAUGUUUUUGCAAAUAUAUCUAGAAGAGAGAGUUUAUUAAGUCACAGGUUUAUUUCAACCCCUACUGCUGAAAUUUUAUCUGAUCUCCAAUACAUAGUGACCUUAGAAAACCAACCAGUUUCAAACCAAGUAGAGCCGAUUGAAAGUAUUUUUGAUGGAGAGAUAUUUAAAAACAAGGAUGGUUAUAUUAAUGGACAUGAUAACUUUUCAUACACGGAUGUAAACCAGAUUGAAAAUGCUUAUUGGGAUGAUGUAAGAACUGUUGGCCGACAGUUUGGAGAGGUUAAUGUCACUUAUAACAAUGCAUUUGAUCCUAGACUGACUUUCAACGGAUUAUUCGAGAAUCAAGGAAUUGUUCUGGACGAUUUAGAGCGAGAUAUAACAGCUCAACACAACCAUUGUAUCGAUGUAGAGGACGUGUCCGACCUAGCAGACGAAUACUACAACAAAUACCGCCAAUAUCUAAUCAAAUUGUGGGGGAGCAAAAAGAUACAGAAGAAAUACAAAGAUAGGAUUCUAGCUUGUCAACCGCCAAAGCUUUCAGCACCACCGCCGAAAUUUUUUGACCUGAAAACGUGCUGGGAGACUGAAGAUGAGCGCAAAAUCGCCAAGAACCUCAACUCUGCUGCUGUCAAAAAUAUUUGGAAAGAUACUCAAGACAUUUCCUGCACUGAUGAUCAGAAGGUUACGCUUGGAGAUGAUGUUGCUGGUGAGAGCUUGGCGAAAUUUCAGAUGACACCAAGUCCACUUCCGGUUGUGCCUGAUGUUAGACGAACUCCUUCACGAUGCCAUGAAGCAGAAAGGCUCUCAGUUGAAGCUCAAAAUGCCGAACCACUUCAUUCCACUCCUUCUAAACAUUUGUGGAAAGCAGCUUGGGAGAAUGAGCGGCAGCGAGAAAGAACCCUUCCACACCAAUCGCACAUCCACGAUGGUCGCCAAAACAAUAUUUCAGAAGUUGGUCUGAAGUUCGAUUUAGAAAUAAUAAAUGGGAAUGUCAAGGUUCUACCACGACACACUCCCAGCUUUAACGAAGAAAAUCAACGGGUAAGAAACAGUCAAAUGACUUGCGAGAGCAUCGAAAACCAGAUGAUAGGCAGAAACACGUCUAAAGCAUUAUCAGAUACACGAGUGUUCACAGAGGAAGGGAAAUUUAUACCUGUUUUAACAUCUACCAGAACUGGCAACGACCGAGCUCGUUCCAUGAGGAGUGAGUCUGCUUUAAACAAAGUUGAAUCCUGCUAUUCGCAUCGCAAAUCUCCUCAACAAUCACCAAGAGGUUCCUCAAGAUCUAAUUUUGCGAGCGGUCGUCAACAAGAGUUCAAUGCGAAUCAGUUUUCUUUUUCCGAUGGGCUGCCUCAAAAGAGUAACAUAGUUUACGGGAGCAAAGAAUUUUACCCGACAUCAGAUCGGAGUGGAAUGAAAGAACCUGGAAACUUCCAAUAUGGAGACUACAAUCGCACUGGAAACCAUGUGAGUCAAGAACAGCAAAGAUUUCAGACAAAUUUCCAGCCGAAAAAUGACGCAUCUUCAAAGGAAUCAAAAUUCUUCAACACACUAAAACAAUAUGGCUGGUUUGAAGACAAUUUUGGGGCAAAGAAGUCGGAAAAGAAGCAAGAGAUGAGAUGGGUGCAAAACACAAUGUCCGAGAGGAAUCCAUCACGAGCAACAGGUUUAGAUUCAGAUGUUGAACAGUCAAGUCAGACUCCAAAGCGACAACUAUUCAAAACUCAGACUGGCUACUCGACUGAAAGAUUGAUUCAACCAACUGAUUUAAAGCCUGAAACCUGUUAUUUCUCAAGAUCCAAAAGCAUGUCUCCAGUAAAACGUCAGGCUCUGCAGAAUUCCAGCUUCAGUUCGCAGUGUUCGUCUCCAAAUACUAACUCUCAAAACUCAUCGCUUCUAGACAGCUCAUCAGAACCCCACCAGACUUCUUCACAGCUGAACGCAGCUAGCGAACCUUUUGUUCCUGCACGUCUUCAGAAUCCGGAAGUUCCGAAAUUAACAACACCAACAAAGAUAAAAUUUGAACCCGAAUCAAGUCCUGUAAAAUGUCAGACACCGAAUAAAGAGGCCAUAAAGAAACUUCUGCAGUCACCAGAAAUUUUGGCACCAUUACUUGCAACAAACGACGCCAAACAAGCAUAUCUGAUACAAUUGAGAAACAAACAGAUUCGCAGACAAGUAGCUGCCCAGGCGGCUCUGAAUCGCCAACAGCAGACAUCACCUUUAGCUACACGUGGACCGACUCUUCAUUCCAACCAGAGUCCGCAAUCCGUAAAGCAUCAAAUGAUACCAACUCAACCAAAUGUGGGCAUAUUUAAUCAAAACUCCCAACAGCCACAAACAUCCUUCCCUCCGCAACAUCUUCAUCAUCAGCUGUCACAUCGUCCUCCAAUCGUAAGAGGAAACACUAUAGUUCCACAAUGGCCAUGCCCACACCCCCCUGUGUCUCGACAUUUGAAUUUUGGAUUUCCAGAACCUCGCCCAAGAACAGUUUUACCGCAGAGAUAUGGACCUCCUUUGAUAGCUUGGCAAUUUCCGGGUUACCCAAACCAACCUCGUCUCGUUCAUCAGUUCUACAACGUCAACAACAAUAGUAACCCAAGUGGAAGCACGGACGAUUUAUCUGGUUACAGUAGCGCAUCGAGCGAAUCGUUGACCUCCGUUUCUUCAUUCCGUGGUGACCAAUCGGACGACGCUGUUUCACAACCAACAGCAAGGAGCGUUCGACCAAUCAGAGCAAAUUCGGCAAAUUUGAUUCACAUUUCCACAAAAUGAUGUAGAAAAAACACGUUGUUUGUUUGUUUGAUAUAAUUUGUUUUCAUGAACGUUUUAAUUACCCUUCUUAGAUGAUUUUACAAUGGUUAUUUUUAGAUGAUUACAUUUUCGCUUCGUGGAUUUUAAUGGUAGGGUUACUUGAUAAAAUUAUUAAUUUGGAUUCUGAGGCAUUUUGAUGGGCAAAUUCUUGUAACUUUUCGUAGGUCGCUUUAAUUACUGGACAGUUGUUUUCAGCGUUUAUUUUUGAAUUUGUCAUUUUGUUGAUUUUCGUCAUUAUAGGAACUGGAUCGGAGUAUGAUAAUAUUAUGAUAAAAAUACAUAGGUUUUGUUGUACUAUUGUAAGUUUUUAUUUAAAUAAAGUUCACUUUUAUCA